CAGCAACGACCAAAUGCAGACAACAUCGUAAACCAGGGAACUGCUCCAAGAAGAAUACGCUUGCAAAUGAAGCUUUCUACUGGGCCAAUGAAAGUUUCUGCAGGCUGUGUUGAUGACGGCAACAUGAGAAGUGCCAGCCUUGGUGAAGAAGAAGAAGUUCAAUCUGCUCUAACUGAGGUCACACAAGUAGAAGCUACGGGACAGACUUUUGGCUCUGAUGAGUCAGAGAAAGAGAACCAAUUACUCAAGUUUGAUGGCAGCGAUGAUAUUGCUGAAGAAUCUUCUACAAAACUGAGGCAGAGGGUGAAGCAAGAUGGUAAGCAUCGUAGCAGCCAAAUGGGCUCAUCAGUGGUGGAUCCAAAAUCAGCUCCGAUGCAUCAUUGCGCAAGCUCCCUAUUAAUUCUCGUUUUCACUGUUUUCAUUAUUACAAUCUUGUUUGCUCUUGUCAUGGGAAUAUGGAGAUGACUUAGAUCUUCAAUUCUUGAUGUUGUUGAAAUAGGCUGUAGGUAGGUAGUCCAUUUCCCCGCUGCAUCAUCAUAGGGAAUAUGAUCAGGUUCUGUAAAUUGUAUCCCAUGUGCAUGCCUAUGCUGUGAAGAAUAGGGAGUACUGUGUACAGAAGUUACGCAAUGGCCUGCCUUUUUUACUGUUGGCUUAUAGAGUUUGUCUUCAUAUGUAGGUAGGUAAGAGUGUUUUUUGUCAUAUUUCUGUACCUUCCCUCGUCAAAAUUUUUAUCGUAGCUUCUGUGGUAGAUAUUAGAUUUGAAAA